AUGGAAGCUUCUAUUGACGAACUUCGGGGCAUGGUCGCAAUGGGUUCCUGUUCAAAUGUGAUGAGUGGCAUGCAGGCCAAUUCGACGUCCCGGGGUUCGACAAUUACCCCAAUGUCUCAGGAUGCACGCCAUCAUCCAGGCGGUUGCACAAUCAGGGACCCCACUGAAAGUGCUGUCCUUUCGUCAGGACAUCUUUCAUCGGCAGAGUCUCUGUUGAAAUGGCCAGUCUUUCGUGGUCAUCCUUCAAUAUUGGAGGAGGCAGAGUCUUCAUUUUUGUCACUCGAAUAUGGACGACCGUCAUUUCAAAGCAAACUCUAUGGCAUAUUUCCCAGCGUGGGUUUGUCAGAAGUCAAAAAUAUGGUAGGCGCAUUCCAACGGACAUAUAACUUUUGGUUCCCUACGAUCAGCUUGGACGAUCUGAAGUCAUUGCAAUUGAGGAUAUGGCAAGAGAAUUUGGAGCCUAGUUGUCAAUCAUGUCUGGCGUUAUUGGUCAUGGCCUUGGGUUGCGUUGGGGCUUCCGUGACAGAGGACAGUUCUGAAAACAAGUCUCAACAACUGAAGCUUCAAGGAGCGUCAUGGUUCACAGCCGCCAUGAAGAUGCUUCACUUGGCCCACAUCGAGAUGAAUGUGGAGGCAUGCCAAUGCCUCUUGCUAACUGGCCUCUACUUCUCCUUUUUGCAAAGACCGUUGCAAACAUGGUCUUAUGUGAACAGCGCAGCAACUCGUUGUCGGUUCCUGCUCUCUUGCCCCUUUAACAAUCCUGAGCGUGAUGAUCAAGAACAUAUCACCAGAAUAUUUUGGUCGUGCUUUGUACUAGAAAGCAACUAUAUCUCCGAGUUGCCAUCACUUCCACAAAACUGCAAUGCUGAGAUCGAAUCAAUAUUUUCUCUUCCGGGCAAAUUUCACUCACACGAAGCUAUCGAAGAGGAAGAAAAGUCGACCUUCUACUUCCUUGCAUCGAUAGCACUCCGUCGCUUACUCAACCGAGCUCACUACAUGCUCUAUGACCGCGAAAUUGGCCUUCAAAUUGAUUCCAAUAAUUUUCCUUCCGUGAACCACGAACUGGCUCGCCAGCUGCAAGACUGGUAUCACACACUGCCUCCAAGUCUGCAAUUCCCCGAAGACGGAAAACCUGCAGACGAUCCGCAUAGCGAGUAUUUGAGGCAGUGGUAUCUCAGCUGUCGAAGUGUUAUCUAUCGACCUUAUCUGGAAUGGGCUCUCGCUAAUCCCUCGUGGGAUCUCAACAACAACCUGCGUGUGCUGGAUGGAUGUCGGGUUGCUCUUGACACUUGCCUAUUCAAAUUAAGAUACAUGAAACAGGUGCCGUAUACCGUCAUGGUAGACACAUGGCCAUGCUCGCUUUCACUCGAGACGGCGAUGUUGACUCUCAUGGGCGGCUUCUGUCAUCCACAGCUGACAAUGCAGCUUCGUCACAUUGCCUUGCUAGAGCUAGGGCCUCACCUGCAGCAGCUUUUACAACGAUGGAUGGCUAUCCAUGGAUCCUCCGUUUCUCCUGGUGUUGAGAAAGCAUUGAGAUUGAUCAUGAAAGCUCACGAGUUCUUCGAAAGCAAAAGCGCAGAGUUUGCUCCUUGCCAAGAGGAAGAACAACAUCUCUCUCCUCGGUCCCUUCGAAUGUCUCUCAGAUAG